AUGUCCACAUUAUAUAAUAUAGGCAGAACAUGAAAAGGUCACUUUUUGGAAUAGAGCUCUCAGAAUCCCCAGCAAUUUUUUUGGGAAUAGAAAAUCCAGAAUUCCAUCCCCAAAUCUGGUGGCAACGUCCAAGUUGUAUCCAAGCACAGUGAAUAUAGGGUGCCCUGCUCCCAGCCCACUGUCUUCUUCUUUUGAUGUAGAAAAAACUCUGCAAAUUUGUAUUAAGAGGAACACGGCAUAAAUUUGUUUCUUAUGCCUUUGAUUGCUAUCAACGCUAAUGGCCCAGGAUUCAGCUCACAACAGAUGGGCAAAGUGUCUUGACUUUGUGCAGGAAUGGAGUGUGGUGUCCCCUGGUUGGAGUGGGUACUCAUUGGACUAGAACCUGGACGCUGAAACCCAAAUCGGGAUACCCGCUGAUGAAAACAAUUGCUCAUUUUUUCCUUUGCUUUCUCACUUCAGGCCCCACACUGCUACUUUUUGGCUAUUUUUAAGUUUUGGUUUACAAGAAAGGCCAGAAGAAGAGAGAGCAAAGCCGGAUGCGGUUAGCUGCCCCAUGGAGCUUGAAAACAGGCCUUUGGUGUGGCCAAGUGGGGCCAGGAGCCUCAAGGCUGAGCUGCGAUCUUGGCUGGAGGUGUGAGUGUGAGAUGCAGCUGCAUUCUCAGUUCUUUGCUGGAUGGGGCCCUUUGCAGGUUCACAGGGAGUUGCACUUCUCCCAGCCCCUAAAAUCUCCUUGUCCUCUCCAUUCAGCGUCUUUGCCAGAGGCGAAUGGAUCUGGUUGGCAUGCAGAGCCCAAACAGGACAGAAUGUAUUGCGGUUCUACUUCUAUCGACGGGAAGGGGAGAAUCAGUGGACUACAUAUAGGGAACAAGGAGAAAGUUCUUUGUGGAUCUCCACAACAGACCUGAAGUCAAAGGAAUCUUUUGCUUGCUCUUACACAGUAUUAGACAACACAGGAAACCGUUCUGCAUCUCCAAGGAGUAACUCGGUUGACUUCUCGGUCAUAGAGCCCCCUGAAGCGCCAACUCUUUCCCUGGUUCCUCUGCACCCUUUUUACAUCUUGGGAGAAGAAGUCACCCUGAAAUGCUCAGCUUCUGAGGAGAAAGACGUGGCAAGAUACAGAUUCUCCAAGGAACAAAAGGGCCUUUGGAAGCUGUUUGGGGAAGGGAAAGGGCCCCAUGAAGCUUUUCAAGUGGAUGCAUAUGCUACUGGGCAGUACAGCUGCAGGUACUGGAUCCGGACAAGGGAAGGGCAAGAGAUCAAGUCCUUGGGAAGCAACACCGUUCCCAUAGUUGUGAAAGAUCCUCCGCCUGCUCCAGAGCUGACAGUGGAGUCUUCAUCUGGAGUGGUCCAGGAAGGGGACACCUUGCUUAUCAUGUGUUCAUCCAAUGGGAACCACGCUAAGAAAAUAUUCCAUUUCUACCAGGAUGGAGCUGAGAUUAAUUCCACUAAUAAGGGGUCUCUGAAGAGCUCCAAUGUGUCUCUGAGCAUCUCCCUACAGGCUCAGCCCAACCACACAGGGGAAUUUGCCUGCAGGUAUGAAGAAAGAAUGAACGGCAGAUGGAUCAUGUCUUCCUGGAGCCAGAGGUUGAACAUCACAGUUUCCAGUUCAAUACAAAAUUCAUACACAGCUUGGUGGGCUGCUUCAUUUAUGAUCCUGUUGAUGAUUCCCUUCGUUUUCUGCUCCAGGAGAAAGAAGAGUGUAUCAAAAUCUCAUCAAGAAUGUGAGCCAGGAGACAACAAGGAGAAUAGGGAGAGAUGUCAAAGGCUGGAAUCCAAAGUGCCAACCGAUGGAGACUUACAGGGCCCAGAGGUGGCCUAUGCCCAUCUCAGCUUCUCUUCUGCUCCUACUUUUGCUGGACCAGUGAUGGAGAGUGGAGUCCCAUAUGUGGAAGAGGAGGGAGUCAUGUACAGUGAGAUUCUGUUGCGACCCAUCAAGAGAGCAGAAAAAUAAUGAGAGGUUGUAGUAGAAAGAAGCUACUGCAUGGGAUGACAAUGCUGCUAACCCAACAUAUCUGAAGUACCACCUCCUCCCAUCUGAGCCUGCCAAAAUUUGAGAUUGUCAGAGGAGGCCCUGUUGUGUGCCGCAACAUCUUGUGACAUUAGGUUGGUGGGUACAUGUAAUGGGACUUUCCUUUUAGCAGCACCUCAGCUGUGGAACUUCCUACCCAAGGAAGUGAGACUCUCUUAAACGUCUGAGGGCAGUCAAAAAAGCAUUGUUCUGUACAGCAUUCAGUGUUUGCAAUGGCUGUUUUAACUGUUUCAAAACUUGCUCGCAGGAUUGUUUUUAGGUUGUCUUUAGCAGUUUUUAAAGUGCAUUUUAACGUGUUUUAAAAAUGUUUUUAUCUCUGUGUUGUUUUAAUUGGUUUUUAUUUGUUCCUCACCUCAGGAACCCUUGUGGAUUAGGAGGUGAUACAAAAAUACUUUAAAUA